GAGGCCGGCCGGGGGAGGAGCGCGGCGGCGGCCGGAGGGCCCGUGGCGAAAGUGCGGCUGCGGAAGCUCGGCGAGGCGGACGGCGGCGAGGGAGGAAGCUGGGAGGCGGCGGGCGCUGCGAGGCCGGGCCGACGCCAUGGGCCGCCUGCACUGCACGCAGGACCCGGUGCCCGAGGCCGUGGGCGGCGACAUGCAGCAGCUGAACCAGCUGGGCGCGCAGCAGUUCUCAGCCUUGACAGAAGUGCUUUUCCACUUCCUAACUGAGCCAAAAGAGGUGGAAAGGUUUCUGGCUCAGCUCUCUGAGUUUGCCACCACCAAUCAGAUCAGCCUUGGCCCUCUCAGAAGCAUUGUGAAAAGCCUCCUUCUGGUUCCAAAUGGUGCCUUGAAGAAGAGUCUCACAGCUGAUCAGGUCCGGGCUGAUUUCAUAACUCUGGGUCUUAGUGAGGAGAAAGCCACUUACUUUUCUGAAAAGUGGAAGCAGAAUGCCCCCACCCUUGCUCGAUGGGCCAUAGGACAGACUCUGAUGAUUAACCAGCUUAUAGAUAUGGAGUGGAAAUUUGGAGUGACAUCCGGGAGCAGUGAACUGGAAAAAGUGGGAAGUAUUUUUUUACAAUUAAAGUUGGUGGUUAAGAAAGGAAAUCAGACUGAAAACUUGUACAUAGAAUUAACCUUGCCCCAGUUCUACAGCUUCCUGCACGAGAUGGAGCGGGUCAGAGCCAGCAUGGAGUGUUUCAGCUGAUGUCUGGCCCCCUUCCCUGCCCCCUCCCCUUCCAUGGGUGGCUGCUCUGAGAGGCGCCUCACCCACAGGCCUGUGGGGUGCUGAUAACAGCCCUGCUUGCUUCUCGGGAGCCCAGGUGCAAAGGUUUCUGGAAAACAACAGGAUUAAGUACUUAAAGA